AUGCCGCCACAGGCAGCCACAGGCCAGCUGCUACAGAGCUCUACUCUUAGCACUGGCAGCUUAUUGCAGGCGCCUGAUGCCCCAAUACGUUUGCGGCGGCACUCGAAUGGCUUGCCAUUGUUCUUAAGUAUGCAUGAAGAUCGGCAAGUGGCACCCAGUGUCGUAGUAGCCAGAAAGUCCUUCGAUGCAUCGUCGGCAGCUUUCUGUAUCACUAUCUCUCAGGGCCAGAAGAUGCUGUUGCAUAACACUGACCCCUCGGGCUGGAGCGACGUGGAAUGCCAAGGCAAACGUGGCUGGGUACCAUCCUCGUGUAUCAGUGCGAAACGUGGCUGGCCUCAGUAUGAUGCAAAUACAUACCAUGGCACGUCUGAUGAUGGCACGACACUUUCUGUAUCGUCGGGAAGUGACGACUCGGCCUUGUCUGGCUCGCCGUCACCGUCUUCUCAUUCGUCGCUAACAUCGGCACCAGCGACGACCGAUGUGCAGGCCCCUUCAGAAUAUCUAGUUCAGCUGAUGGCCAAAAAACAUGCCUCACCAAGAAGCGCUGAGACCCAUUCUUCCUUAACGGCACGACCUGGUCUUGUGCCUAUGGAUGCGAGUCAAACGACAAUGUGUGUCACAGUGCUCUACGAUUUGAUGCGUGGCGAGCUUGCAGCGUUCAUGGGAUGCUUGUCCACCUUCGAAGAUGUAGCUUUUUCUUCAGCCUUCCAGCGUCUUGUGGACAUUGCUCAUGAGCUUCUAGCCCACGCCCACAAUCUUUCUUCGGUGGUGCAUAGCAUUGCGGCCCUGAGUCCUGCACCCUGGGUACGACCUUUGGCCAUGACACGUGUGCUUCAGGCUAAGACCAGCUUGGAUAAAGCCAUUGCCCAAUUUGGCCAGGCGCAGAACAUUUCAGGUCAGUCGUCCCUGAGCAGUGACAAUACCCCGAGCCAGCAUCGAGCUCAGCUCAUGGGACUUGCUUCAGCGUUGAUGGAUGCAGGCAAUGAAAGCCUAGUAGCUGUGAACGCCGUGCUCGAGAUGGCGCCACCUGGCUUGUCCUUGCAAAUUUGGCGGCCUACAAGUAUGCCAUGGCCACCUCCAGUGGCCCGCUCAUCGGUGCCGCUAGCGCUGCGGGAGCGUAGGAUUCAACAACCCAAGUUGUCUAAUUCUCCACCAUUCUCUAAAGUCUCUUCACCGCGUUUACCCACGCUUCGUAUUGAUAUACCCACUGUGGCUGUACCACCUGCACCACCUUCAGCGCCGCUGCCACCACGUCCUGUGGAUGUCGCACGACAAGCUUCGGUCGAGGACGACGUAGAGGAAUUGGCUCAAGCCCUCUCCUCAUUUAUAUGGGGCGGUGCUUCGAUGGCUUCGUCACCGCGCUCGUCUAUGGAUAGUGGACUAUGGGACACCUCGACGAUGUCGGCCUCUAAACUGCAAGAAGCUACGCUCCACCAUGGCAUGUUGGUGCAUCAAAAAGAAGGCCGACUGCUGGGUGGUGAUCUGCCAGGCUUGGUACAUGCAUUAUGUCACGACUUGAAUGACUUGGAGCACACACAGCGCGUGAAGCACUUUCUUUUGACCUUCCGCUGGUUUGCCACGCCUAGGGAACUCGCUUUGACGCUACAGUCAUUGGCCCACACAUUCCACGUAAACCUCCACUUUACGUGCGUUGCUCGUUUCUUGGCAUUGUGGCUUGAUGGCUAUUGGUAUGCGCCUCUGGACACGGAGGCGCUCCCCAUUUUGGACGAGUUUCUUGGUAAUGCGCCUGAGGAGAUGGACAAGGCAUAUUUGGAAGUGCUAAUGCAGCUUCUUGUUUGGCGCCGGCAGGCCGGUGCAGAGGAGCAGCUUCAUCAAGAUGAAAAUAUGAACCGCCCAGCGGUAGACCUUGAUGUUCUUUCUAAUAUAACGACCGAUCCACUCAUGGAAUUCAUGAGCCUAUACAACCCGCCUAGUGUGGAAGCUGAGUUGAAGCCCAUGGUAUCCUGUGAACUAUUCAAUGCUUUGGACGAGGCUAAGGAUAUGUGGGAUGUGGACGUGGCCAAGUUCCACCCCAUGGAACUAGCCCGCCAAAUUACAUUGAUGGAAAGUGAGCUUUACUGUGCCAUUACGCCGCACGAACUCCUCAAUCGACCCGAGAAAUACAAAGGCAGUGAAUACGUCUCCAAAUCGGUCAACGUCAAGGAGAUGAGUUUGAUCACGACGCAGCUAACCAACUGGUUUGGUGAGUGCAUCUUGCGCGAGCCCGAGUUGUCUCGUCGGUCUGAGAAGUUGAAUUUUUUUAUUCAGCUGGGCCAAGCUAGUUUGACGCUGCAGAACUACAAUCUGCUCAUGGCAGUACUAGGCGCGUUGAAUUCCUCGACGAUUCUCCGCUUGAAGAAGACGUGGGCAGGCUUGUCUUCACAUGUACAUGCACAGUACGCAGAGUUGGUUCAUGUAAUGGAGCAUCCACGCAACUUUGCGACGUACCGUGCACGGCUGCGUUCGUCGGUCGGGCCGACGUUGCCCUUCCUCGGUCUGAUGUUGACUGAUAUGACGUUCGGGAAGGGGGGCAACCCCGUGGAGCGUACGUUUCCCGAGUUUGAUGCGCCUAUGUACAACUUUGUGCGCUGUCAAAAGCUGGGACGUAUGGUUGAAGACCUGCAACGGUUCCAGCAACCCUAUCUCUUCCAGCGAGUACCGCAAAUCCAAGCCUUCCUAUCUCGCGUUCGAAAGAAUGGUGGGGCGGAGACGACGUCGGAUUAUGGUCUCGCAGCUGAGCAAUUAUACCAACGGAGCCUGCAAUUAGAACCCCGGGAAACGUGGCCUUUGCCCCCUAAACGUACGCGCAGCUCGAGUGUUAUGACGCGCACGCUUCAAGCAUGGCGUAGUUCCUCGUUCUCAACGAUGGAUAGUGGACCAUCCAGUCCGACCACCUCAACCAGAAGCAGUGAAACGCGCAGCGUUCGAGAUCUAUUCCAACGCCGAUUCGACAUCAAAUAA